AUGAAAAAGGAUAUAGCGAUAGAGGAACUUCGAAUGGGUCCGCCCAAAGAAGAGGAAGAGGAUUUCGAAGACGGGGAGGAGCAAAUAGACGGGCUUGCGAUCGAGGAGGAUCUCGAAGAGCAGGGGCAACAUCCGGGCAAGGAGCUGCGGUAUUCGAAAGAGGUUAGAUUUCUGCGGGCUUUGAAGUGGUCUCUUAUAGUGGUAAUACCGGUUUUAAUAUUUGUGUUUACGCUGAGGGAGGUGAAGCAUCGUAACCACGCGCUUGUGAAGAAUGCAGAGGCGGUUACCGUGGUGGACAGCGCAGCGGUUUCGUGGAGACUUGACACGGCCAAGAAUUACACGAUGGAUACACAGUACUGGAUGAACGAGCCGCGCAAUCAGGAGAGACACUACUACUUCAAUAUUUCGACGCUGGAAGGUAGAAAUCCAGAUGGUAUGGUGCGUAAUUUGACGGUGGUGAAUGGCCAGUAUCCCGCGCCGUUGAUAGAGGCAAACGCAGGUGAUACGCUUUUUAUACAUGUCUCGAAUCAAAUGAGCACGGAGCCUGUGACGAUACAUUGCCACGGUUUGUUUUACAACAAGAAGAACUCUUUUCAGGAUGGCGCCUCUUUCAUCAAUCAGUGCCCCAUUCCUCCUGAACAGUCGUAUGUUUACGAAAUCGAACUCGAUGACGACCAGUUCGGUACCUAUUGGUAUCAUUCGCACUACGGCUCGCAGUAUGCUGAUGGGCUCUUUGGGCCGCUGGUCAUCCAUUCACAGGAAGAACUCGAUAUGAUAGGUACCGAGUACGACCAAGAUAUUGUCGUAGUGGUUAGUGACUACUAUCACGAUAUUUCGACGAAUUACCUUGAGGAGUAUUUAGGACCAGAUAACGAAAAUACAGAGCCCGAUCCUGACAACGGCUUAAUUCAGGGAGCUAACUUUUUCGAUUAUGUUGAAUCGAGAUAUCUAGCACCAAAUGGUGAAUCGGUUGAUGAUUUACAGUAUUCGCCAGUCAGUGUCACAAUGUUUAAUUUGGAUCCAGAUUCUACAUAUAGAGUUCGUCUGGUCAAUGCUGGGUUUUUUUUGCCUUUUGAGUUUGAAAUCGAUCGUCAUAUGCUUGAAAUUAUUGAAUCUGAUGGCACUCUCGUUGAUCCGUUAACAGUUGAAUCAUUGAGUGUAUCCGUGGCACAGCGUUACUCUUUCAUUUUGCAACCAUUGGACUCUAAAGAGGAUUUGAAGAAUUAUUGGUUGCAUGCAAAUUUCAAUCAAUUCUGUUCUAAAGAAGUUAAUCGAAAUUUCAAUCACAUCGUGACUGCAGUCGUCACCUACACAGGAGCCAGAGAUGCAUCAGACCUUGAGAUACCCGCUUCAGACUGGAAUUACAAUGGUGGCCAAGUUCAAUGUAGAGAAUUUGACCAAUCUUUGUUGAAGACAAAGGAUUCAGAUCUAAAAGUACCAAUAGUGCAAAAUGGCUCCCAUCUGCCUGAUCUUAAAAUAGAUCUAGACGUUUCGUUUUUCAUUGGCGCAUAUCAAAAGACACGCGGUUAUUUCAAUGAUCAUACCUAUGUAUCCUAUGACAAGUCAUCAUCAAUGUACGAGCUGGUUACUAAUCCGAAUGAUAACCCCAUAAAAAGUCUCGAGAAUGAUGAUUUAAUGACUUUUAACGAGGAUCAAUUCAUGAUUAACUUAAAUCAAAGAGGUGCGGUUGUUGAUUUCGUGAUAAACAAUUAUGAUGAUGGUGCACAUCCCUUUCAUUUGCAUGGUCACAAAUUUUGGAUUUUAAGAGUCGGCGAUACUGGAUAUUUUGACGACUCUUACUAUAAUGAGGAUUCAAACGAGAUGAAUUUCGAAAAUGCUGUGCUAAGGGAUACUUUUAAUAUUCCUGGAUUUGGAUGGGCCGUUAUUAGAUUUGUUGUUGACAACCCUGGAGUCUGGCCAUUCCAUUGUCACAUCGGUUGGCAUAUGGAAAGUGGUUUACUUUUACAAGUGAAUGCUCUGCAGGAGGAAUAUACUUCUUGGAAUAAUUAUCCAGAAGAAUGGAAAUCCCUAUGCAGUGCUAAGGAAGGGAUGAAUUAA